AUGGCGAUUUACGAAGACUCCCGCGAUGCGCUGCUACAAGCGGCCAAGGACGGGUCUCUCGACGAGCUCACGGCGCUUCUGGCCAAGUGCGGUUGCAUCGAUGCCAAGGACGACGUGGGCCGGACGCCAUUGUACAUUGCCGCCAGCAAAGGCCACAUUGAGCUCGUGCGCGAGCUUCUCGCGCAGUCGAACGUCAACGCGCAGACGCGGGAAGGCGCUACGCCACUUUUGAUCGCGUGCCAGUAUGGCCAUGUCAACGUUGUCCAACUGCUCGUCGACUGCGCCGACGUCAACAUUGCCGCCAACGACGGCGUCACGCCUCUGUUUAUGGCCGCGCAGGUCGGCUCGCUCGAGAUUGCGCGUCUCCUCUUGGAGAAGAAGGCCGAUGCGACCAAGGCCAUGCACAAUGGCGCAACACCGAUCGUCGUGGCCGCGCAGAACGGGCACGCUGCCAUGGUCCAGCUGCUCUUGCCGCACGCGCGCCCGACGGUCGCAAUGGACGGCGGUGCCACAGCACUGCUCCUCGCCACGCAGCACGGGCAUCAAGACGUCGUCCGUGCGCUCCUCGACGCCGUCAACGACGUCGACAUUCCGCUCUCGGAUGGGACGACGCCGCUUCUCCUGGCGUGUGCCAAGGGCGAGCUGGCGAUUGUCGAGCUGCUUCUCGUCAAAGCCGACCUCAAAAAGACGCGCCAGGACGGUGCGACGGCCCUCGCCCUCGCAGCGCAGUACGGGCACACGGCGGUGGUCGACUUGCUCUUGGCCCAAGGCAACUGGUCGCUGGACGCGGUGACCAGCGCGCUGCUCCUGGCCGCCCAGCACGGCCACAUGGCCGUCUUCAAGCAGCUCUCGACGUUCUCGCCCAAGUCGCUGCAUCACACGAUAGAGGACGGGACCUCGGCGCUGAUCGUGGCGGCGGCGUGCGGUCAGACUGCAAUCGUGGACCUGCUACUCGCCGCCGACGUCGACUUGCUGGCGGCCACCAAGACGGGUGCAACAGCCCUCAUGGUCGCCACCGAGCACGGCCACGUCGGUCUCGUCACCACGUUGCUGCCGAAAUACCCGUCGACGGCCGCCACGAUGCGCAACGGUGCCACGCUGCUGCACAUUGCAGCGCAGAAUGGACACAUGGCGCUCGUCGACGUCUUCUUGCCGCUCACCGACGUCGACGCCGAGACGCUGGAUGGCACGACGCCGCUCAUGCUUGCAGCGGCGAAAGGCCAUGGCCACGUGGUGCGGUCGCUCAUCAAGGCCGGCGCCAACGUCAACAUCAUCUCGGAUGCGCAGUCGUUUGCGCUGCUGGCGGCGGCGUCGCACGGCCACGCCGACGUUGUGAGCCAGCUCGUGGACGCCGGCGCCAGUGUGCAGCAGGCGACGGACGACCGCGCGACGUCGCUCAUCGUCGCAGCUGCGAAAGGCCAUGCCAAGUGCGUCGAGGUCUUGCUCGCGCAUGGCGCCAGCAUCGACCACACGAUGAAGGACGGGAGCUCGGCGCUGUUUGUGGCGGCCGCGAGUGGUCAUCUGGACGUCGUCCGGCAGCUGCUACAAGCGGGUGCGAAUGCGCACCAAGCGAUGAAGGGCGGGAUGACGCCGUUGACGGUCGCGGAGCAGUGCCACCACCACGAGGUCGGCGCGCUCCUCAUCAAGCACGGCGUAUAG